AUGAAUUUCCAGAGCACCACAAGAGGUCUGAAGCUUGUGAAACCAAAGUAUAUGGGGCUGGUUGAGUUUGAGACUGAAUAUAUUCCAGAUUGGUUCUUGGAGGAAGUCCUAUCAAGAUUGCCUUUGAAAUGUGUUUUUAGGUUGAAAUGUGUAUCAAAGCAGUGGCUUUCGUUUAUUUCGGCUCCUUCUUUUGUCAACUUGUACAUUUCUCGAGUUUCUUUGUCACAUAAGCCACAACCGUGGACCGUGCUUAGUCACCGUCUGCAUGUUAAGGGCACAAAGUUCUGUCCUGAUCCCCCAUUAAUGCUGGAUGACAUGUUAUCUGCAGACGAGAAUGAUCUGAUUGAGUACCCUAUUUUCUCACGUUAUCUUUAUCUUCCUCUUCCUCAACGAUCUUCUUGGCGCAAACACUAUGAUAUCGUAGCAGUUAGCGAUGGACUAGUGUUGUACGGACGAAUUGUGUUUAUGGAGAAUAGCAUCAAUCACAUGACAGAUUAUCACUUGUAUAACCCUAUCACACAUCAGUGUGUUGCCCUUCCUCCACCUUUUUUGUGCUUUCGGUUUGUCAGUACUGGUUUUCUAACCCAAAUUGAAGGGGGAACAUUGAAGAACUAUAAAGUGGUGCGAUUUGGUUGUCAAUUAUGGGAGUGGCAUAACCUCGAGUUUGAGAUAUUCUGUUCUGAAACUGGGAGCUGGAGGAGAGUUGUUGUGCACAGUGACCAAGCAAUUCAGAUUGCCUGGCUGAGGAUGCCUUUUUCCUUCAGUGGAAUGUUGCAUUGGAUUGACCGUUGGCUUGGGAUUGUGGCAUGUGAUCCUUGCAGGGAUUCCAAUCAGUGCCGCAUCAUUGGACUUCCAUCUGACAUUGACAAGCAAUGUAACAACUACAAAAACAAUGGAUUGUAUAGCCUGUGUAAUGUGCAUCAGGGUCGAUUGAGGUACUUUGAGGUGUCUCUAGCACCCUCGGAUCCCUUUGGAUUUUCAGGUUUCUCUCUAUGGGUUCUUGAUGAUUAUGACUCUGCUACUUGGUCUUUGCUGCACAGAACUAAGGUUACUGAUAUCUUGUUUGAUGAUAUCUUAACUAGCCAGGGGUUAACUGGAUCAUGUCCUGCUCCUCUUGCCUUCCAUCCAUUUGAUGGCAACAUUGUUUGCCUGAGCUUAGGGGCCUAUAUUGUCACAUACAAUGUCAAGACUUUAAAAUUGGAGGCUCAUGGUAAUCCAGUCGCUACUGAAUACUUUUACGAAUCAACAGGAUGGUUGUCCUGGUAUGCACAAGUACCUCCGAGGUUAGCAUUCUUGUACGUUCUUCCUCCAUGGCCAGUUUCUAUCCCAAAAUAUCUUUCCAUGGGAAAGAAGGAGGAUGGUGUUUAG